CUCAGCUAGGACAGAAGUGAUGAAUGCGUUUCUUUUCUUUCAGAACUCAWGAUGCUAACAGUCGUAAGUUAUAUCCUGGUCUUAGGAUUGACAGUGAGGGGCGAAUCAGAUCCAGACUCCAACCACUUAAAGACCUUGCAUCGCUUAAUGACCAAGAAUCAGUUGCAGGCGACUUUCAAUGUGGACCAUCCCGAUCACGUGCCUGAGUAUGACGUCACUCACCCAUACCAGUCCACCCCUGAAGGGGACUUUAUUUCCCAUGACUUGAYCCUUAGCGCUCUUAAAAGACGGGAAGCAAAGAGGUCUGAUGAACAMCACUACAGACUGAAAGCCUUUGGUAAAACACUUCACUUGAACCUGAGAGAGAAUAAGGAUUUGACRGUACCUGGACUGAUGAUGGAGUCGUACGUUGAUGGUAAAGUCAAGAGAACACCACUAGAACCCAUAACUCACUAUUUUGGACAAGUGAGGAACUAUCCUGAAUCUAGUGUUGCUAUUAGCAYCCAUGGAGCUUUG